UCGAUUAAUCGAAAGUCGACUUACUAGAAAGCAGAGAAAAUAAUUUUUGAUCGCUGUUGCUGCUGUUUUGUUUAACCAUGUCGUCGUCUUUGAAAUUAGUAGCUUACGAAAAACUAUAAACUAUUGUUGUAAAUGUAAUGAAGACUAUUAGCAUUCCGUUUUAUAUUUAGUAAAAUUUUCUCGUCGUCUAAAACAUGGAGAUAGGUAAUAAAAAACCUUUAUGUUUUGUCCCAAUUAAUACGCUGAGCGAUGUCCAACCAAUACGUUGCUGUUCAUUCAGUGAAGAUGGUCUACUCUAUGCUGUGGGUUCCAAUUCGAAAACCUUACGAAUUUGUCUCUAUCCCCCACAGAUCAACAAUAUAAGUAAACCAACACAAACGAGCGUGAUUUUUAAACGUACCAAACACCACAAGGGAUCGAUCUAUUGCUUAUCGUGGUCUAGGGAUGGACAGUUUAUUGCCAGCGGUUCCAAUGACAAAACAAUUAAAAUUAUCAAAUACAGCAGUGAAAACAAGCAGCUGGAGGGUCGCGAAUUGGAGCUGACCAUGCACGAUGGCACUGUUCGGGAUUUGUGUUUCAUGAAUGAAUCCUCAACAGAGAGAAAGGUAUUGGUCAGCGGUGGUGCUGGAGACUGUAAAGUGUAUAUAAGUGAUUGUGGUGUUUUAACACCAAUGCAGGCGUAUGCUGGACAUUCUGGUCAUAUAUAUUCGUUAUAUAGCUGGGAGAACAAUAUGGUUGUAACCGGAUCACAGGAUAAAACCGUUCGUUUUUGGGAUAUACGUGUUCCAGAAUGUAUUAACAGCGUAUUGCCCGGUAGCUAUUAUGAUGCAAUGGGAUCUCCCGUGACAGCAGUUUGUGUUGAUCCAACGGGCAGGCUAUUGGUGUCAGGUCACGAAGAUGCCUCCUGUGUGCUACACGACAUUCGUCGUAAUCGCCAAAUUCAAUGCUUCCAACCCCACUCUGCAGAUAUAAGAUCAAUACGCUUUUCGCCCUCGGCCUACUACUUGCUUACAUGUGGUUAUGACAAUAAAAUAGUUCUCACCGAUUUGCAGGGCAAUUUAACUUUAUCCCUACCAUCCGUUGUGGUAGGAGAGCACAGUGACAAAGUUAUAUCGGCUAGAUGGCAUCCCAGAGAUUUCUCAAUAUUGACAACAUCGGCUGAUAAAACUGCCAAAUUGUGGGCUAUACCAAAUAUCUAAGAAAGAUAAGGUACUCUAUACCAAAAACAAGAUAAAAAUGAGCAAGAGGUAUGGAUGGACGUCUAGAUGUAACAUAUAAGCAAUCAAAAAGUCUGUUUAGUAAUAAAAUGAAUCAAAACAUUUCCAGUUCUUAUUUUUCAACCAACAAACUUCUUUUGCCUAGAUUUUAAGUUUAUUUAUUUUUCUG